AUGGCUUUGCCAUUUCUAGGCGUAGUUGCACGUAAUUGGUGCAGUGCUUUUCUAGAUCAAACAAAUGAACAACAGGAAGAUUUUGAAGGCGGGAUUUUAACGAUUGUUGGAUUAAAAGCACCAAAGCAAGUUCGAUUUAGUAAGGAUUAUAAUAAUGAUGGCGAUGAGAUGCGUUCAGCAUGCAAUCGUCUAGUAGAAUCGCACGAAACGACUAAACUGAACCUAGCAAUGUCAUUGUCCACGCUACAAGAUGAACUAAGAUUUACCUCGACUCAAUCCUAUAAUACAUCUGCGAUGAGUAGAAAGCGUUCACCUCGUACAAUGAAUUUCGUUCCAACAGGUUAG